AUGGCAAUCUUCGUGAGUACACCAGUGACCCUGGCCGCUGCGGCCGCUCUGGUCCUCACCUACUGGGGAUACAUCGCGAUCUACAGACUGUACUUCUCUCCACUGGCCAAGUUUCCCGGGCCCAAACUUGCCGCCAUCAGCGGCUGGUAUGAGUUCUACUUUGAUUAUUGGAAACAAGGCAAAUAUAUCUUUGAGAUCGAGCGAUUGCAUCAAGUCUAUGGACCCAUUGUGCGCAUCAACCCCGACGAACUGUCUAUUCACGAUCCCGAGUUCUACAGUGAGAUCUAUGUCACUGAGAGCAAGCGCCGCACGAGCCACUACGACGUGUUCUGCAAAGGCAUUGACUUCGACGGCUCGCAUCUUUUGACUGUGGACCACAACCUGCACCGCAAGCGCAGAAAGCCUCUCGAGCCUUUCUUCUCUCGUAUGGGGAUCACCCGGUUGCAAGAUAUGCUGGCGGAAGUCGCCCUCAAGCUUGAGGCACGCCUGCGCGAAUACCAGGGCACGCACACGGUGAUCCGACUGGAUCACGCGUUUUCUGCCUUCUCGGGCGACAUCAUUGGGCGUAUCUGCUUGGACCGUGAGGAUGCUGGCAACGAGUUCCUGGAUGAUCCCUUGUUUGCACCGGACUGGUAUAAUCUCAUUCACAACCUCGUGCGGUCGAUCCCGCUGUUUACCGGCUUUCCGUGGAUUGUGCAGCUCGUGAGCUUUAUCCCAGAGAGUUUCCUGCUCAAGGCCUUCCCACAGGGCCAAGUCUUCAACACGUUCAAAGCCGUCGCGCUCCGCAACAUCGAGCGGAUCCUCAACAACAAGGAGUCUCUGAAACAGCAGGGAUACAGCAGCGCCUCGCUCUUCCACCACGUCGCGGACAGCGAUAUGCCGGACUCCGAACGGUCGCCCGAGCGGUUGGCCAAGGAGGCGCAGGUGCUGCUGGGCGGCGGGACGGCCAGCACGGCGCGCACCAUCGGCUUCGCCUCCUACUACAUCCUCUCCAACCCGGCCAUCAAGGCGCGGCUGCAGGACGAGCUGCGCGAGCCGAUGGCGGAGUGGCCCGACCUGGUCCCCAGCUGGGCGGAGCUGGAGCGUCUCCCGUACCUGCAGGCCAUCAUCAAGGAGUCCCUGCGCCUCAGUUACGGCGUCAUGCACCGGUUACCGCGCAUCUCGCCCGACCUGCCCAUCCAGUACAAGGACUACACAAUUCCCAUCGGGACCCCCGUAGGGAUGUCCGCCUACUUCAUGCACUCCGACCCCGCCGUCUACCCAGAGCCCAAGACCUUCCGUCCCGAGCGCUGGGUCGAGAAUGUCACCCCGGCCAUGAUACAACAGUAUGUGCCAUUUUGCCGCGGAUCGCGCAACUGCCUCGGUCAAAACUUGGCAAUGGCCGAGAUGUCCCUCAUUCUGGCUGUUUUGUAUCGGCCGAACGGCCCCAAGUUGGAGCUGUACGAGACCGAUGAGACGGAUGUGAUCCAGGCCCACGAUUUCAUGAUUCCGCUCCCCAAGGUCACGACUAAAGGCGUGAGGGCUUUGAUUCGUUGA